GCAUAUCGAAAGGAAAGCAACAAAUCCGCUAGUCAGAUCAUUUUCCCUUUAUUUCUCAAAGAUGAUUUGAUAUAACAUCUAAUUGCUCUGAGGUAUAGAGAGUGCGUAUAUCUACACGUUUACUACUGUACGUUGUACAGCAUGGCAACAGGAUUAGGCCUACUGCCGAGUGAUCAACUGAUUGUUUGACUCGACGUGUGGACUUUCACAGCCAGGAUCUAUACAGUCAGUCAGAAAUCCAGUCAAGGAUGUCUCAGGAUCCGACCUGUGUUCUAAGGCUGGGGCAGUAUGAGGUCAACUUAAUGAAGAAGCUAGGUCAAGGAGGCUUUGGGGUGGUCUUCGCGGGGGUUGAUACGAGGAGUAGGAUAAAGGUUGCAGCAAAGCAGAUAGACAUAAAGAGAAAGGAAAGACACGGCAGCACCGCGCUUUCCGAAAUAAAGGUGUUACAAAAGUUACCCAGUCACCAAAAUUUAAUUCGGUUCCUCGACUAUCACUUCUCUCAAGAUUCUUUCUGGAUCGUCAUGGACUUCUGCAAUAUGGGAGAGAUGAAGGAAUACUUCGUUACGCAUGCGCCUAUUGAUUUGGCAACAAAAGUGGAUUUCAUGCGGCAAAUUGCUGCUGCUCUGGUACACUUGCACGAGGCACCACAGCAGAUAAUACACAGGGAUCUUAAACCAAACAACAUCAUGGUGUCGUACAUCUCAACAGACGAUCGGCCCAUGAUUAAGGUCACCGACUUCGGACUGGCUAAAGUAGCCGAAGAGGACAUGACGAAGACCUUCCUUCUCUCCACCGUGGCAGGGGCGGUCUGCUAUCUUUCCCCCGAGGAGUUCGCCAGGCAGAAGUACACUGUCCUGGUGGAUGUGUUUGCGUUGGGUUUGGUGUUUCUAGGAAUGAUCAACUUUGACGUUCUUGGGGAGUUAAUUCCUGUCCCCCCUGGAAGUCAAGAUUCAAUGUUGGCUACCAUGUUGAUGCCCAUUGGCAUGCAGAUGCUUCAAGCAGCCAUCGGUGGUGGCAUCCAGCCAACACUGGUGCAGCAUGAGCCAGAUGACAGCCCGGAAGUGACGCAGUUGAAGGACCUUAUACAGCACAUGGCAGUAUAUAAGGUUGAAGAGAGGUUCACUUCUCGUCAAGUGUACGAUACAUUGGACAAACUUUACGAGGGCAUAAAACAUAGCCAAUCACCUCCACCUGCCCGGCCACCAGAUCAGCUUGCAGAGGCAGGUAGUCCAAGACAAGAACCAGGAGCUCGUGCUGCAGAAGCAGCUGCGCAUGCGCAAGACUCACCCGAGCGUGGCGCCGCCCAAAGGGACGGACAUCGAGACAUAGGUUAUAAGCUUUUGAAGGAAGCCAUGGGACAGUUAUUAAGAGAUCGCAUUCAAGACAGAAGACGCGGAAGAGAGAGGGAUAAACAUCUGCGAGCUUUGGACAGGGGAAUGCCUCUGUUAGAGAUGUUACUUGGACAUGAUGAGAGAGAUGACCAACAGGAAGGAAAAGAAAAUGAGACAAAUGAAAGCGAGUUCAAAGAGGGAGAGACAGUCCAGGUUGUGAAGGUCAGUGUCACCAGAGCUGUGGGGAUGCAGGAGAAUUAUGGAGGCUGGCAUAACGAGAUGGCACAGUACCUUGGUAAGACUGGGAAGGUAGUUGAACUCGUACUACACGUGGUGAAAGUGAAGUUUGAGGAUGGGAAAAAGUGGAGCUUCAAUCCGGCAAUGCUCAAGAAGGUCCAGGGUGAGGUGUCACCGUCCAGUCGGAGGGAUAAAAACAAAAGGAGUGCCAUGAGGGCUAGACAGGUUGCUUGCCACUUUAAGCGGAUGGACAUUGUCCAGAUUGCAGAGGACGAGGAGCUGGUCAAAACGCUACAGAAAGGACAUGGGGGAUGGAAAGAUAAGAUGAAACAUGUGAGUUUGGUUUUAUUGCCGUCAGUACCACAUUUGUGCCUUUACAGAAUCGUAAUAUUCCUUUUCAUGGAUAUUUAAAUGGUAUUUUUUACUCUCAUUUCCCUUUUUCCCCGAGAUUCCAGAUAUUAUCUCAUAAUUCUGCACAAUUUCAUUUAUAUAUUUAAAUUCAACGUGUUUGAUACAACCAAAGCUAAAAAUAGCAAUAUGGUUAUUUCAAAACGUGUUAUUUUUGUCCACUAAACCAAGUGAAAACAGAAACACUACAGGUACAGUUUCAAAGUUUUCAAAGUGUCAGUCGAGACAAGAAACUUUGAUGUUAAGUCCACUCCACCCCCUUCACUACCGCUAAACACUUAAACUCUCGCACGCACACGCACGUUACGGAGAAACCAUUUGCUAUUGAAUGCAAAGAUCUUGGUGACCGUCGGUAGGUAGACCAUAUGCAACUAAUUUGUGACGACGACAAAAGCCAAUACAUGUAAGUUUACUUACCCCAUACUUAUUAUUGUAGUGUAUUGAGU